AUGUCUGUCGGUCAGUCAGCAGAGCAUCAUGGCUGUGAGAGGAAAAGUAUCCAGCGGGACGAAGAGCUGGAACGUUUUCAGCACGAAAGGCGGCGAGAUCAGAGUCAGGAAGUAGAUAUGAGUGGAAUUCGCUCGCAUGCCUUUGCUUUGUCUGAGAAGUCAGAGGGGAGGUACGACGAGUUGCUGCACCAGAUUGGCGACGCAGAAAUAGUGCUGAUUGGAGAGUCAACGCAUGGAACUCGCGAGAUGGCGGAAGAACGCUGCAAGAUUACGGAGCGACUCAUUGAAGAAAAGGGCUUCUCGCUGGUGGUUCUUGAGGCGGACCUGGUCGACAUGGACCGCGUGGACCGCUACGUCCGCGGCGCGUCGCGCGACGACAGCGCGGCCGCGGCGCUCUCGGGGUUUAAGCAGUACCCGCUCUGGAUGUGGCGCAACACGGUCAUGGAGGAGUUCGUGGAGUGGGCCAGGCGACACAACGAAACGAUAUUUUCGGGAGGGAAACCGAGCGGACACGAAGUAUCUCUCCACGGCUUCGACUUGCACCAUCUGUACCAGUCGAUGGAAUGCGUCAUCGAGUACCUGCAGAAGAAAGAUCCCAAAGCGGCGGAGAGAGCCAAGCAGCGCUACGCUGCGAUCGCCCAAUUCGCCCCCGACCCGCACGAGUACGGCUUCGCCGCGGCCGCGCGCGCGCAGCCCAUCGGCGAGCCUGACGUCACCUGCGAGCUGACGGAGCUGCGCCAGAUGGGACCCGCGGCCGCGUCGCGGGCCGACGCGCGCGGCGCGCGGUGCCAGGACGACGAGCACCACUUCGCAAUCCUGAACGGUUUGGCAGUGCGGAACGGAGCGGCGUACUAUCGGAAGGUGUACGAAGCGUACGAAGCGGCGUGGAGCGUCCGCGACCGGCACAUGUUCGAAACACUCGUCGAGCUGAAGGAGAACUGCGAGCGGCGGUGCGGGCGGCCGUGCAAGGUCGUCGUGUGGGCGCACAACUGCCACGUCAGCGACGCGCGCGCGACGGAGAUCGCGUGGGACUGGCACCAGAUCAACCUGGGGCAGCUGGUCAAGGAAAAGUACGGGGACAAGGCGCUCAUCAUCGGGUUCAGCACCCACUACGGCAGUCUGACGGCGGCGCCUGACUGGGGCGCACCGGGCCAGUGCGUGCGGCUGAAGCCGUCGGUUCCCGGUACUCUAGGCUCGGUACUAAACCAGGUGUCGCCCGCGCCGUUCCUACUAGAUUGUACCCGCGUGGAGCCCCGGGAGCUUUGCAUUUGGAAGAGGUCCAUCGGCCUCGUAUACCGAGAGGACGGGGACGAACGCGAGAAUUACUACAGAGCGAAUGUCUUCCAGAUGUUUGACAAGAUCAUAUUCAUCCCCAAGACGAGCGCUGUCGAACCACUGGACAAAGAGUCGGUGUGGAAGAGGCCGGAGAAAGAAGAUGAGAUGCCGAUGACGUACCCACCAGGGAUCUAG